AACAAUAAUGUUUCGCUCUACUAGCCAGCCGAUGAUAUCAAUGUUUAAGUUGUACGUUAUUUUAAAAUUCUAAAAUGGAUACAUAACAUCCGGCUCACUAUGUCUGGAAGAAUGAAAAGAAUACGACUUAAAUGUUGGAAACAAUUACUCUGUAUAUUUGUCAUCGUGUGGAUCUUCAAUUUUCUUAUCACAGUUGACGUACACAUGUCACAACCAUUGAAACACUUACUACAAAUACAGGAGGCAGAGUUCAUAGUCAAUGAAACAAUAUUUAGAAAGGACAUUGUACAAAAUGUAACGUUGAAUAAAGAAACAAGGAAAUCGGAGCCAGGAAAAAAAAUCCAAACAAGUAAAAAAGGCGAUAAUUUUGAUACUUCCUUCUUCAAUAGUUGGCGAAAACAAGAUAUCAGGACUUUGUCAUUACCUUCCUCGCUGUCUGCAUUUCAACAAUAUUACAACAAGAAUGGCAAUAUAGAUGAUAGUGUUAUUCUUUAUGGACACAAAAGGAAGACAGCAGGCUAUUUGACCCUGGCAAUAUCCACAGUGAAAAGACCUUUUAAUGACUACUACUACCUCAACUUUACAUUAAAAUCAUUGGUAUCAAAUAUCGACAACAACAUAGCCAGCGAGGUGGUUAUUGUAAUAUUUAUGGCAGAUUUAGAUAUGGCAUGGAAUAAACGUACAGCACGGUUAUUAUAUAUAGACUUCAGAUCUCAUUUUGAGAAUGGACUCAUCCACAUUAUAAGUGCUCCGUCAUAUAUUUACCCAGAUCUGUCAAUACUUAACAAAACAAAGCAUGACCCUGUUGAACGGGUAAAAUGGAGAUCAAAACAGAAUAUUGAUUUUGCAUUUCUUAUGCUUUACAGCCAAGGUAUCAAUCGGUAUUUUAUUCAACUGGAAGAUGACAUCCUAGUGGCACCAGGAUUCUUAACUGAUAUUAAAGGUUUUGUCCUCAGACAAAAUCAAAGUUGGAUAUGUUUAGAAUUUUCAAGCCUUGGAUUCAUUGGCCAAAUCUUUCAUUCUAAGCAUCUUUCUUCAAUUUCAUCUGUCUUACUGUCGAAUUUCACGUCGUUUCCAUGUGAUAUUCUUCUAGGUUAUAUUCGAAAAUAUAUGGGACAACCAUCACCAAUACACUCACCAGUCAGUUUAUUUCAACACAUUGGAAGGAUUUCAUCACUAGAAAAUAAAAUGAUGCCAUCAGUUGACAUAAAAUUUAAAGGAUUUGGAUCUAAAGUUCCGCUUAUUAUGAUUUUACCGAAAGGAGAAAAACCUCCAGCGAGAUUCAAGACAGAUAUGGAGGUGGUACCAGGAUAUCCACCGGAAAAUAUAUAUACAAAUAAUUCAUAUUUUUGGGCGAAAGGAAUAAAGAAAAGGCAAUAUUUUAGAAUAAUUUUUGAAAAACCAUUAAAUAUAUCUAGGCUUAUUAUAUCUACAGGGAAUAUUACAGAUAAGACCGAUACAUUAGAAUAUGGAAUUUUAAAAGUUGGUGCUAAUGAAAAAGAUAGAUUUUAUUGUAGCGAUUUGAGAAAAGUCGGCAACUUUGCAGGUGGUGAUGUAGAUUCUUUAAUUCAAGGAAUAGUUCUCCCAUACAAUAUAGAUUGUUUACACAUUGAGGUCAGGGGAACACAAUUCAGCUGGCUUAUAAUCCGUGAACUAGAAGUAUUUACAAAUAAAAAAUAUUGAAAAAGCG